UUUGUCCUUAGGACUUUAUCUACCAGUGAUGAUGUUGAGGACCGAGAGACUGAGAAGGGCCGCCUGGAAGAAGCUUAUGAGAAAUGUGACCGGGAUUUGGAUGAACUCAUUGUCCAGCACUACACCGAGCUCACCACUGCGAUCCGCACAUACCAGAGCAUCACAGAGCGCAUCACCAACUCGCGCAAUAAGAUCAAACAGGUGAAGGAGAAUCUGCUAUCGUGCAAGAUGCUGCUGCAUUGCAAGCGGGAUGAGUUACGCAAGCUGUGGAUUGAAGGGAUUGAGCACAAACAUGUCCUGAAUUUGCUGGAUGAGAUAGAGAACAUCAAGCAAGUGCCUCAGAAGCUGGAACAGUGCAUGGCCAGCAAGCACUACCUCAACGCGACAGACAUGCUG